AUGAAUAAUGUUGCAAAUACCGGGACGACCAAUGAGUCGAACAUGAGCGAUGCUCCCCGUAUAGAACCUUUACCAAGCUUGAAUGAUGAUGACAUUGAAAAGAUCUUACAACCGAACGAUAUUUUCACCAACGACCGUACUGACGCAAGUACUACGUCUUCCGCAGCCAUUGAAGAUAUUAUUAACCCCUCAUUGGACCCGCAGUCAGUAGCAUCACCGGUUCCUUCUUCCUCUUUUUUUAAUGACUCAAGGAAGCCAUCCACCAGUACACAUUUAGUGAGGAGAGGUACACCGUUGGGGAUUUACCAAAACAAUCUAUACAGUCACAAUAACAGAGAAAAUGCCAAUUCUAGUAACGCUUUGUUAUCUUCUAAGCUUCUCGCGCAUCCACCAGUUCCUUACGGGCAAAGUCCUAAUUUACUACAACAACAUGCCGUAUACAGGACACAACCUUCCAGUGGAGCCACUAACACACAACCACGCCAAACCACAAGAAGGUAUCAGUCCCACAAAUCACGGCCCGCAUUCGUUAAUAAGUUAUGGAGUAUGCUGAACGAUGAUUCCAAUACCAAACUUAUACAGUGGGCGGAGGAUGGAAAAUCCUUCAUUGUCACGAACAGGGAAGAAUUUGUGCACCAGAUUUUACCGAAAUAUUUUAAGCACUCCAAUUUUGCCUCCUUUGUAAGACAAUUAAACAUGUAUGGAUGGCAUAAAGUUCAAGAUGUUAAAUCAGGGUCAAUUCAAAGUAGUUCAGAUGACAAGUGGCAGUUUGAAAAUGAAAACUUUAUUAGAGGUAGAGAAGAUUUGCUGGAGAAAAUUAUCAGACAGAAAGGUUCUUCCAACAACCACAGUAGUCCCAGUGGAAACGGUAAUUCAAUGAAUGGGAACAACAUCUCACUGGAUAAUGCUGCAGGAAUUAAUAAUAGCAAUAAUAACAUCAGUAGCAGUAACUCAUUUUUCACCAAUAGUCAUUUACUGCAGGGUAAAACACUAAGAUUAAUGAACGAGGCAAAUCUUGGAGACAAGAACGACGUAACUGCAAUUUUGGGGGAACUAGAACAAAUAAAAUACAACCAGAUUGCGAUUUCCAAAGACCUACUAAGAAUAAACAAAGAUAAUGAAUUGUUAUGGAAGGAGAACAUGAUGGCAAGGGAAAGGCAUAGAACACAACAGCAAGCCUUGGAAAAAAUGUUUAGAUUUUUGACAUCAAUAGUCCCACAUUUGGAUCCAAAAAUGAUUAUGGAUGGGCUGGGCGAUCCGAAAGCCAAUAAUGAAAAACUGAGCAGCACGAAUAAUAUUGGGUUAAAUCGCGACAACACAGGCACCAUAGAUGAACUAAAAUCCAACGACUCCUUCACAAACGAUGAUCGCAAUUCCUUCAUCAAUGAUACGGCUAACACUCGUAGUAAUGUGAGCCCCAGUAAUGAUGGCAACAAUAUUGAUACCCCUAGCACGAAUACUACUAACAGAAAGAAAAAUAUAGAUGAAAGCAUCAAAAACAACAACGACAUAAUUAAUGACAUUAUAUUUAAUACCAACCUUGCCAACAACCUCAACAAUUAUAAUUCCAGCAACAAUGCUGGCUCACCAAUAAGACCGUAUAAACAAAGAUACCUUUUGAAAAAUAGAGCGAAUUCCUCAACGUCGAGUGAAAAUCCAGGACUAACGCCCUUUAAUGUCGAAUCUAAUAAUGACGGCAAAAUCUCGGAAAUUCCUUUCGAUGACGACGAAGAAGAAGACGCAGAUUUUAGACAUUUUACUUCGCGAGAUCCCAAUAACCAAACUAGCGAAAAUUCUUUUGAUCCAAGCAGGUUUACGAUGCUUUCCGAUGAUGAUUUGAAAAAAGAUUCCCACACAAAUGACAAUAAGCACAACGAAAGUGAUCUUUUUUUGGACAACGUACAUCGAAAUAUAGACGAACAAGAUGCAAGACUCCAGAACUUGGAAAACAUGGUUCACAUACUUUCUCCUGGAUAUCCCAAUAAGUCGUUCAACAACAAAGCCUCCUCAACAAACACUAAUUCCAACAUGGCAAGUGCUGCCAAUGUUAAUAGCCCCGGUUUCAAUCUACAAGACUAUUUAACUGGAGAGUCCAAUUCCCCCAAUUCCGUUCAUUCUAUUCCCUCCAAUGGCAGCGGUUCCACGCCGCUGCCCAUGCCAAAUGAUAAUGACAUCGACCACGCAAGUACCGGUGUCAAUCAAGGCGAAAAUGGAAGCGGACUAACGCCCUUCCUCACAGUAGAUGCCCACACACUAAACGACAAUAACAAUAUUGAAGGCAGCACAAAGGUGCCCCCCGAUACAAAGAUCAUUGCUUCCGAAAACGCCAAAGUAAGUGGUAACCUGCCAAGCUUUAAUAACCACAGCUAUUCCACCCAGGCCGACACGACGCCCGAGAACGCUAAGAAAAGAUAUGUAGAGGAAACACCGGAACCGGCUAUAGUCGAAAUCCAGGACCCGACAGAGUACAACGAUCACCGCCUGCCCAAACGGACUAAGAAGUAG